AACUACAACCCAAAAAAUCUCAGGGAUUCCGUGUAAAGCACCUAUACUUUUACGACUCACAUUAAUUGUGUCUAGUGAAUUGGUGGUUAUGUUUGUAUACCGUAAACUUUUACAAGUUUUUCUCCUCAGCAUCUUAGUUUCGAUGUGUUUCUUUUUGUACGCUGCAUAUUUCAUUGAUGUCCAACACCAUGGACUUCUACGUCCAAUAGAUAGCACAACAAACGGAUCAAAAUAUGUCAACGAAAAAUGGAAAAGAAUAUCUGUCGCCAAAGGCACAAAAAACAUUUUACUAUGGAAACAAUAUUUCUGGGGAUACAGGUUUGGAUUAGGUCGUACAGCAUUUCUUAACGUAGGAUGCCGAGUCAGCAACUGCCUUAUCACUUACAAUGCUAGUCUAAUGCCUCACGAAGAAUUCGAUGCUAUUCUGAUUCAUCCUCCGACACAGAAAACUCCGCAAGUAUUUAAAAAUCGAAGACCAGAUCAAAUUUUUGUUAUGUUUACCACCGAGCCGCCUGUACAUAUGCCCCAAAACAUGCAAGCGUUUGACAACUAUUUCAAUUGGACUAUGACUUACCGAACAGGAUCCACCUUCCAUCUCAAGUACGGCGAAAUAAUUCCAUUAGAUAGUGCACCGACCACGAUGGAAGAGGCAAUGGCAAUGCGGCAAGAGCUGAUGCUAUCAGGCAUCAAUCCAGCAAAAGGAAAGACAAAAUUAGCCAUUUGGUUGGCCUCCAACUGUAAUGCAAGAAGCAAUAGACAAACGUACGUUAAAAUAUUGAAAAAAUUUGCUACAAUAGACAUUUUUAGUAAAAAUGGGCGAUGUGGUGGCCGGGACGAAUGCCCUAGAGAUAAGAACGUGGAUGUUUGUUACGAUCUGAUUGAACAUUCCUACAAGUUCUAUUUGGCCUUCGAGAAUUCUAUUUGUCGAGACUACGUCACGGAAAAGUUCUUCGAGAUGAUGACAAGAAACAUAGUGCCCGUUGUACUUGGUGGAGCUGAUUAUGCUGCGAUUGCUCCUCCUCAUUCGUACAUCAACGCUCUUGAUUACACACCCCAUCAGCUGGCUGAUUACCUGAAUGAACUCGAUCGUAAUGACACUUUGUACGUUGAGUAUUUCUGGUGGAAACCCCACUAUCGUAUCAAUAACCUCUAUGAGACAAAUAGACAAGUAUUCUGUGAUCUCUGUGAAGCUCUUCACUCAACGCCAUUGGAAAAAUCUACAGUCAAAGGUAUACAGACGUGGUACAUGAAACAAGCUAACUGUCUAAAUAAUCCAAAGUUUAAAGAAAACUGAAUGGCCUGUCAUGAGCCACCAGUGAUUCAUUUAGUGUCAAUUAUGAGAAUUAAGCAGCCACGUCUUUUAAUCCAAUACACGAAAUGAGCUAAUAAGAAAUUA